UUCGAGGUUAUGAAAGACUGCGUUUUCAAUGCCAAGAAUUCUGCUACAGAAAGCUGAAGAAAAAUUUCCUGCCGUGAGAGAAAGGAUGAUGGAGGUUCUUACUUUUCUCGGCCGGUUCACAGCUCUCCGUUUCACAGCGACUGAUGCACUGCUGGCUGCAAGGAGGAUACAGAGUUUGCCAAUGUAUGUAUUUCAGCAGUCUUGUGGCAAGCAUAUUCGAAGGAAACACAGCAGCCAUGGCAGCUGGUGGGCUGAUUCUGCUGUUUUCUGCUGGUGCAGUACAAAGCAACAUAGGUUCUGGAGAGAGAGAGAGAGAGCCCCAAGUCUAGAUGAACCCGCGGUACUUGCACCUGCUGUACGUGGUGGACUGAGUCGUGUCGAAGGACCCAUUCACUCAUCAGAAAGAGGCUUACUGUACAGCCAGCAGAACUGUGUUGAACUGAGUCACCACAACACACGCAGUGUUCGCUGAGCAGGUAUAUGAGGUCCCACAGACAAGCAUACAGAACACCCUACAUACAUAUCAGCAGUGGAACAGGAAACAGUAUCAAUUCCACAUUAUGCAACUAGAAUUUUGACAAUUUUAAAGAAUAUUGCUAUGUUCAUUUUUAACACCAAACUUGUAAUUACACAUAAAUCUAAAUCUAACCUAAAAAUGGUAAAACUACUUAUAUAGAGACCUGAAACAUGUGAAGGUAUAUUUGCACAUUGGUGAAUAUGUCUGCCACCUUCAUUAACAUAAAAAAAUUGUUUUCCCAGUGGUAAAAGUGAUUACUUUCCUUAACAGCCACUCUGUGUUUCCUGUAGAGUAUGACCUGAAUUUUUAUACAUAAUUUAGAUGAACUUCAGGCUUGAAACAUUUAAGGUACAACAUAUGAUAUAAACCAAAUGCCUGUACAUAAAGAAAGCUUUAUACUUUUGCAAAGAAUUCGAAGCAACUGUAUUCUCACCUGCAUACGAUGCCAAAUUUAAACUAAUGGCUGCUGGCUACUGGUCAGAAAAUCCUUGGAAGACCAAGCUAUAAAAGGGAGCAUGAUAUGGUGAGAGGGUAUGGACAGGAUUCAUCUGGCUCAGGACAUAAUCCAGUGUUCCUGUGACCAUGGUAAUGAACCUUCAAGUUGCAUAAAAGGCAAGGGUUUUUCUUUACUAGCUAAGUGGCUGUUAGCUUCUCAAGAAGGACUAUGGGUACAUCAAAAAGGCUAAAGGCUAGUGGGAGAACACAGUAUGUACUAGGUGCAGAUUUUAUAAAGAAACGUUUUCUAGGACAUGAGUGAACAGAUAGUUGUGUUUGUGCAUAAAUCCAUACUGAGAAAAAUAAGAGAUUUGUGUACCCUAAAAAAAGUUCCUGGUGGGAAGAAAUGUUGUCUCCUUUUUUCCUUGGCACUACAGCCCCAGUGGGCCUAGGCCUACCUCCAUGAACUUCUCCGUUCACUUUUCUG